UUUAACUACACACGAACCCCAGAAGAAGAGCAGCAGGGGGACAGAAGAGCAACAGAAGAGGAGUUUAAUAUGUGUCUCUGAGUGAAGUGAAUGUGUUGUGAAGGUGACUAUGGAUGAAGUGACUGGAGCUCAGCUGAUCGCUGAGGCGCUCAAAUCUCAGAAUGUGGAGUACAUGUUUGGUAUUGUUGGCGUUCCUAUCAUCGAAGUGGCCAUGGCUGCCCAAGCAGCGGGCAUCAAGUAUGUUGGCAUGCGCAAUGAACAAGCAGCCUGCUAUGCUGCAUCUGCUAUUGGGUAUUUGACAGGACGGCCAGCUGUGUGCCUGGUUGUGUCUGGACCUGGGCUGAUUCAUGCGCUUGGAGGAAUGGCCAAUGCUAACAUGAACUGCUGGCCUGUCAUUGUUAUUGGCGGCUCAUCUGAUAGGAACCAAGAAACCACAGGAGCGUUUCAGGAGUUUCCUCAGGUUGAAGCUUGUCGUCUGUAUAGCAAGUUUUCUGCUCGACCGAGCAGCCUUGAGAUGAUACCAGCUGUAGUUGAAAAAGCUGUAAGGAGCAGCAUUUAUGGCCGUCCAGGAGCGACCUACAUAGACAUAGCUGGAGACAUGGUGAACGCCAAAAUAGACCGGGCCAGUGUCAGGUUUGUUUCCUGCUGUCCUGCUCCUCCUGUGAGUCAGGCUGACAGCAGGGAGAUCACACAGGCUGUCAGGCUGCUCAGAGCGGCUCAGAGGCCUCUGAUCAUCAUCGGCAAAGGUGCAGCGUAUGCCAGGGCAGAGAAGGAGGUCAGGGAGCUGGUGGAGGUGACUGGGAUCCCUUUCCUUCCCACACCUAUGGGGAAAGGAGUACUGUCAGAUGACCACCCUAACUGUGUUGCUGCGGCCAGGUCCAGAGCUUUAUUGCAGGCUGAUGUUAUAGUGUUACUGGGUGCCAGACUCAACUGGAUCCUGCACUUUGGUUUUCCACCCAGAUUCAGUCCCCAUGUGAAGAUCAUUCAGGUGGAUCUCUGUGCUGAAGAGUUGAGUAAUAAUGUAAGAGCUGCAUCUGCUCUACUUGGAGACAUAGGAGCUGUGGUCAGACAGCUGUUGGAAACUGUAAGGUCCUGGAGAUUUCCUUCUGAUUCACAAUGGUGGUUGACACUGAAAGAGAAAAUGACUGCCAAUGCUCAGAUAUCAAAGAGUCUUGCUCUCCAGUCCACUCUGCCCAUGAACUACUACACAGCUUUCCACCACAUUUCUGAGCUCCUGCCCAAAGACUGCAUCAUAGUAAGCGAGGGAGCGAAUACUAUGGACAUCGGCCGCACCAUGCUGCUCAAUUACCUCCCACGACACAGGUUAGAUGCUGGUACUUUUGGCACUAUGGGAGUGGGUCCAGGAUUUGCCAUUGCAGCAGCAGUUUUGGAGCAGACGCAGAAGAGCGCUCAGAGAGUGGUGUGUAUAGAGGGAGACAGCGCCUUCGGUUUCUCUGGAAUGGAGGUGGAGACCAUGUGCAGAUAUAAACUGCCAAUCAUCAUCAUAGUAAUCAACAACAAUGGCAUCUACAGUGGAGUGGAUCCGAAGACAUGGAAAGAGAUGGAAAAGAUGGGAGACAUGACCACCAUUGCUCCUCCGGUUACGCUGCUACCAGAGGCGCAGUACGAGCAGGUGAUGAGUGCGUUUGGGGGUCGUGGGUAUCUGGUCCGAACAGUGGAGGAACUCCGCAGUGCACUACAGGAGAGUCUGGACAACACACAAAUGCCCAGUCUCCUCAACGUACUUAUAGACCCAGCCUCAGACCGCAAACAACAGGAGUUUCCCUGGCUGACACGUUCCAAUCUGUAGAGCUCAGAGAGAUAUCGGAUGAGAUCGGAUCAUGACUACAUUUUCUUUCACUGCAUUUGGUUAAUUUACUGUAGGUGACACCAUUUCCUAUAAAAAGAAAAGCUGUAUCAUUUAACAUGAUCUCAGUCGCUACUGAUUGAAAUUAAUUUCUAUAGAUUCCAGUUCUUUCUAUAAGUACCUAAAGAGAAGCUUCACUUAAAAAUAAAAGGUCCCGCGUCAUUCACCUCGUUGUUUCAAACCAUUAUGACUUCACUUUUUCUGUGGAACACUAAAGUAGAAUUUUUUUGUAAAAUUUUUAAAUGUUUGAAAUUACGUCUGUGGUUCACACAGGCUCAAAAUACAGUACUGUCCCGUUUCAUUCAUGUUUCAUAUUUUCUGCAGUAAGACUUUUUGUCGAGGUAACCCUAGUAAAAAUGUAAUGUAUUUAAAAUACAUUUAUUUCAUACUAAGCAUAGUUCAAAUCUA